UCGGUCUAAUUUUGUCUGUUUUGGUUCGAAAUGGCCGAGAGAUUUUAAUUAAUAUGGAAUAAAAAAUAUUUUAUUUUAUUUUUUUUAAUAAAAUGAGAUAUUUCGACCAUUCCAGACAAAACCGAAUGAAAUCAAUAACUUGAGAUAUAAUUUGACGCUAUUUUCUUCUCUUUCUUUUUUUUUUAAACCAUUUCGCGACCAUAUCCAUUUUGAGGACGAAAUUCAACUACGCAUGGUAAAGUUUUCUUAUUGACGCUAAAACCCAAUUUGUUGCCAAUUCCAGACUAGCGACGUCGGUACCCUGUAACAUUCACGACGCUUUCAAUUCUCUAAGGUUCUUGAUUUUUAAGCUUGACCCGCUAAAAUGCUAAGUAAACGUCAAUAUUCAACACUGAAUUCGAUCACAAAAACAUAGCUUAACAUCACCAAAAGAUGCUAAAGAUAAUAUUUUUAUAUCACUCAUGCAUAUAUUUGAUUGUUAAAUCCUAAAUCCUAACACCACCUCUUACGUACUAAAAUAUUUCUCUUGACUUGAAUGGCAGCCUUACAAACUGAUGCAGAGACAAAGACAAAGCAAAAGAGAUGGUUUUUUCUGAUGGGUGCUCUGUUCAGUCUCUUGUUUUUAUGUGUUUGGCUUGUUUGGAUGGGUAAAAGCUCAGUCUUUGUGGCUUCACAGAGCGUAGAAGGUACUGUUUUCAUCAAUGGAACAGCUUCAAUUGGAACAACUGAUAACGAUUUUAUUUGUGCUACCUUAGACUGGUGGCCUACUGAUAAAUGUGACUAUGGAACCUGUAGUUGGGGCAGGGCUUCUUUUCUUAAUCUUGAUCUUAGGAACCCAAUAUUACUAAACGCCAUAAAAGCUUUCUCUCCUCUGAAAAUUAGAAUGGGGGGCACUUUGCAAGAUAAAGUCGUGUAUGAGAUAAAAGGUGAACCUUGCCCCCUAUUUAUCAAGAAUAGUUCAGAGAUGUUUGGUUUUUCGCAAGGCUGCUUACCUAUGACGCGAUGGGAUGACUUGAACAAUUUUUUCAAGCAAGCUGGGGCUACUGUUAUUUUUGGGUUAAAUGCACUAAGGGGCAGGACUAUAGCUUCUGAUGGUUCUGCUUUUGGAGCUUGGGAUUCAAGUAAUGCUGAAUCUCUUAUUCAAUACACUGUCAACAAGGGCUACAAAAUUCAUGGCUGGGAGCUAGGAAAUGAAUUGAGUGGGAAUGGAGUUGGAACUAGAGUUGCAGCAGAUCAAUAUGCAUCUGAUGCAAACACUCUACAAUACAUAGUACAAACAAUUUAUGCAGGUCUUGAAGAUAAGCCGCUAGUCAUAGCACCUGGAGGUUUUUUUGAUGCACAAUGGUUCUCAGAAUUCAUAAAUAAAACACCUAAAUCUCUUCAAGUAGUCACCCAACACAUCUAUAACCUCGGUCCAGGUGUCGAUGGUCACCUCAUUAGCAAGAUAUUAAAUCCAUCCUAUCUCGAUGGUGGCUCCCAGCCUUUUAGUAGCCUUCAAAGAAUUUUAAAGAGUUCAGGGACGCAAGCAGUAGCUUGGGUUGGAGAGGCAGGAGGUGCUUACAACAGUGGCCAUAAUCUUGUCACGAAUGCAUUUGUGUUUAGCUUCUGGUACUUAGAUCAGCUAGGAAUGGCAUCAUCUUUCAACACAAAAACAUACUGUAGGCAAACAUUGAUUGGUGGAAACUAUGGCCUGCUCAACACCAACACCUUUGUCCCAAAUCCUGACUACUACAGUGCUCUUCUCUGGCAUCGUUUGAUGGGAACAAAUGCCCUGGCCACGAGUUUUUCUGGAACAAAGAAAAUGCGUGCUUAUGCUCACUGCUCAAAAGCAACUCAAGGGAUCACAUUGCUCUUAAUCAACCUGGAUGGUAACACUUCAUUUGAAGUACGCAUUUCAACUGAAAAUGUUGGCAGUAAUGUAACUUGGACAAUGCAAGAUCACAGUAACCGAGGAGAAAAAUUUGCUCGAAUGUCUAGAGGUUCUGUUUCUAAACUUUAUGAAAUUACAAGGGACGAAUAUCAUUUAACAGCUAAGGAUGGGGACUUACACAGCCAAACAGUGCUUUUAAAUGGGAAAAUACUGACUCCAGAUUCAUCUGGAGCUAUCCCUUCCUUGGAGCCGAUAAAAGCUAGCCUCCUCAAUCCAAUAGCUGUUGCUCCUUUCUCUAUUGUAUUUGCUCAGAUUGCUAAUAUAACUGUUCCUGCCUGUGUACAAGUGAGUAAAUAAAAAUUGAUAAUUCUGCUU